CUCAAAAUUGAAUGCUAAUCGAAUCAUCCACAAGCAUGAAGUACACCACUACCUUGCUCGUUGUCCUCAUCCUCAUCACCACUUCGAUUUGUCGCCCGUCUCUUCCAUCUACCUCUUCACUCGAACUUGCACUCGAACCCAAUACCACCGUGGAGACCCGACAAACCGGCCGCUGGCAAACAUGGCCAAGCGUAAAUUACGAACCGAGCUUUGGCCCUCCCUACUGUUAUAAAAACAAUCCUGAGAAGGCCAAUCAAUGUAUCCUCACCAACCGCAUGCCAGAAGGAAAUCCAGACUGGACCGAGUUUUAUUUGUACGACCAUAACUGCGUCCCCAUCGGCGGCAAUGACAAUGUUCCUUACCGCUGGCUUCAUUACAACUUCGACUCUGAACUCCCCUGGGUAAUGGGUUUCAAGGAAGUUCUAGGGGGGUACAACAUGGGAUGGGGAUUCUCGAAUCGUUGGUAUGAUGUGCAGCAUUUCGAUCAAGCUCCUUAUUGCUAUAAUACUGGUGGAAGUAAGGAGUUGUUGCCUGCAUGCCAGAUGUAUUGGGGUUGCUCGCAUUGA